GGACGGGUUUGGUACACCGGACGGUGAUUUCGACCGGUUCCUACAAGCGUAGAAAAGUGUAAAGUGCAGGCACAAGAAGCAGUGAAAAUCGCCAGCGUGGAAGAUCUACCGGACGCCGGGGUGUUGCCGAAACAACGAAUUCAGCAAAAAAAAACGGGAAGAGAAAUCUCGCCCAAGAAAGAUAAUCGGGUACUUCAGAAAAGAGGCUAAAGUACGUUGCCAGUCUGAGAUUCUCUUCAAACAGUAGAAACAACAGCAACGACAGGAAAAUGGUUAAUGAAUACACGGGUCCACCCCCACAGGAGAUGGAAACCUUUCUCCCUCAGGACGGCAAAAAUGGAGCCACUGUGUACAAAUUCACAACGGUAAAAACAGAUGUUGAAGCCAAUGGCACUGCACCGUACGAUCCGUUUAAGGAACGGCUAAAACUGGAACAUCCCACAACUGAUGGCGAAACGCUAACCCAUCUGCUGAAAGCUUCUCUGGGAACCGGCAUCCUGGCGAUGCCGGUGGCUUUCAGCUACGCGGGUCUGGCUGGCGGUAUCUUCGCCACCGUCCUGACCGCCUUCAUCUGUACGCACUGCGCGUACGUGCUGGUCAAGUGCGGCCACACGCUGUACCGUCGCACGCAUCGGUCUGCGAUGAGUUUCUCUGAGAUCGCGGAGGUGGCCUUCGAGAAUGGACCAGCCUGGGGCCGCUCGCUCGGCAUGCCGACAUCGUACUGCAUCCGCUUUGGUCUGUUCGUGACGUACUUCGGCACGUGCGCCGUGUACACCGUCAUCAUCGCGACCAACUUCAAGCAAGUGAUCGAGUACUACUAUGGCGAAGAGCUGAACCUUCGUUUCAUGAUCGCUUUGCUGCUCGUGCCACUGAUUCUGCUCUCCUGGGUGCCCAACCUGAAGUACCUCGCACCGGUCUCGAUGGUGGCUAACGUGUUCAUGGGCGUUGGGCUCGGUAUCACCUUCUACUACCUCGUCACUGACAUGCCGCCGGUUACCGAGCGUCCACUGUUCCAGCCGAUAAUGCAGUGGCCGGCGUUCUUCGCCAUCGUCAUCUUCGCAAUGGAAGCCAUCGGUGUGGUGAUGCCGCUCGAGAACCAGAUGAAGACGCCACAAAACUUUAUCGGCCUGUGUGGAGUGCUGAACCAGGGCAUGGCGGGUGUUACACUGAUCUACAUUCUGCUCGGUUUCCUCGGCUACGUCAAGUACGGCAGUUUAGCCGAAGGCAGCAUCACGCUCAAUCUGCCCGUCCAUGAGAUCCCUGCCCAAGCGGUGAAAAUUCUCAUUGCGCUCGCCGUGUAUUGCACCUUUGGACUUCAGUUUUACGUUUGCCUCGACAUCGGUUGGGUUGCCAUCAAGGACAAAUUCACCAAGCGUCCCCGGUUGGUGGAGUACGUCAUGCGUACCAUUCUUGUCGCUGCCGCUGUACUGCUGGCUGUUGCCGUCCCCACUAUCGGCCCAUUCAUCGGGCUCAUCGGUGCCUUCUGUUUCUCUAUCCUCGGGCUACUCAUCCCGAUCGUCAUCGAAAUGGUCACCUACUGGGAUGAAGGCUUCGGACCGGGCAAUUGGAUCGUGUGGAAGAACGUCAUCGUAGCCAUCUUUGGCACCAUUGCGCUUGUGUUUGGCUCCAAGAACGCCAUCGAGGAAAUUCUUACCCUGUACGCCUAAGCAACGACCCUCUGGAAUACUGGGUAUAGCCGCGAAAAGUCCUUCCGUAUCAACAACAUACCUGAUAGACGGAGAUAUUUUUUUUUUUUUGCUUUUUGUAGCUACCAAAAUAUUGCCAUUCUACAACAAAUAUUUCCUUGCAUCGGGCACCAUUUGUAUGCCACUUUUGAAACAUAUUACUGUAGGGUCCCCAUAGUUUCCUAGCGUGGCAUUGCUACUCGUUACAUGCGAAUGUAACACUUGUUUUUUUCUUUAUCUGUGGGCUCUGAGCUCAGGAAAAACGACGAUCAGUUCGUCGUUCCGAUAAAGGCUGUGGUCCAUUUGUUGACCGGUAGAGAGAAAGAGUGUGUAUGUGUGUGUCUGUGCGUGUAAAACAUAGAGUCAGGGGAGGGAGCCUGAGCUAAUCUUACCCGGAAGUAACACUCACAAAGUGCCUCAAAAAAGCUAAGCAUGGAAUUGGAUAGACGAAAACAAAAACAAAAACCUACCUUAACAUCAACAAGGGACUGUUUUAUCCAGCGCUAUUUGCACGUAGAGUUUCGACGUUGUUGAAACGGUGUGAACGUGUUUGCUACACCUUGUUGGACACAAGCAACAUUUGGGAGAAACUGACUAUUACCCUCAAAAGCACCAGUUCUCAGGGAUGCAAAGGUAACAGCAUUUCAAACAUUUAACCACACAACAUACAACAUUAAAGCAAGUGUCGUGGCUGUUUGUGUACCUCUGCCCAACGGUUUUUUUUGGUAUAAUUUGGCUGCCGUUAUUUGAACACACAAAGUGUUUCGUGGACGGAAAUGGACCAGCUUUUUUACAGCGAUAGUCAAUUUGUAGCCAUUUUACAAGGCAUCUUUACAGUAUGGGUUGCCCAUCAUCGUCGAAGCAAAAAGUUGGUCUGAUAGGCCUUAUCAAUAUUUGACCUCAAACACCCAAACGAGAACGCAAGUCCCGUAGCCAACAGUUCUUUUUAUAAAAGAAUUGCUUGUUCCCUUGGUUGUUUCUUCAAAAUCAAUUGAUCGUUUCUAUGUCAUACGAAGUCUACUACAAAGCUCUAUAUAGCUACGCAAUAUAAGAGAGGUGACAAAAUGAAACAUUAACAAUCCGAUUAUUCCUGAAGCAGCAUGCAUCUUUACUUAAAUCUGACACAAGCAGUUGUAUGAAAUGUUCCUGAGCGCCUGUGCACGUGCAUUAAGAUCCCACUUACAAGAGACGCUCAAAUUGUAAUCUUUCAGUAAUUUGUUUGUAGGGUCUUAAUGAUUGUAUUCAUCAUCAUUAUAUCACCAUUCUCUAUUAAUUAAUUCGUCAUCAUCCACGCAUUGGCCCCCACUUAGGUUAAGUAAAUUGGAAAAAGAAUCGCAAGAUUUCAGCAGCGCGAUAGGAACGAAAGCACUUAGGAUUUACAACGAUUGUAAUAUUAUAUAAGCAAAAAAAUUACUGAAAAAGUAAAAAAAUAAAAAUUACUUUACAUACCUGGA